AAACGGACAUCGGCCUACGGGCUCGUCUACUCGCCUCGUCAUUCAAAUCCCUCCUCUCUCCGACGGACCCGUGGAGCCCGUCGCGAUUCUACUAGUCUGCAUCCUCCGGCGAGCGAACCGGCGAAGACUAACGCGACGCAGCGAGGACGCACACCACCUGCUCGACGGAAUGCUCCCCUAGGAAGCAACUCAAGAACAGCGAAGCGCCGUCCCUAAACAGCGGAGAUGGACGACCUCCUGGACGACGUCCUUCCCAUCGUCCUCUCGUUCCUGCCAGCACACGACGCGGUGCGGACGUGCGUGCUCUCCCCCCGCUGGCGCCACCUCUGGACCUCUGCGCCCGGCCUCCGCAUCACCGCCGUUGGGGGCUUCGGGAACGCCGACAAGUUCAAUCAUUUCGUUGACCGGCUGCUCUUCCUCCGUCGCCACUCAGACUGCCCCCUGGAGUCAUGCGAGUUCGAUCUGGACGAUAGAGAGUUCGAUUUCAAUUGCAUCUCGUCCUUUCAGCAUGUGUAUCGCUGGAGCCUGCAGUCUGCUUUGGACUGCAAUGUCCGGGUCCUUCGGUGCAGUUUCACGGACACCAACCCCAACUUCCCCAUUGUCCCCGAUCAACUAUCUGAAUAUCCAGAUCCUCUACUCUCCCAGCACCUCACUAGGCUAGACCUCCAUUGCAUCCGCUGCGCUCUUGAUUUUUCGGGCUGUCCAGUGCUGGUGGACCUUAAGAUGGAGUAUUGCAUUACACAUGCUGGUGAAAUGGUGUCUCCAUCCUUGCGGCAGCUGAGUAUGAUCUGCUGUGAACUCAACAUGUGGCAUCGUACUCAAAUAACCUUACCGAAUCUUGUUCGCUUGGAAUUUGUCAAUUGUUCUGGUAGACUUCCAUUACUUGAAAGCCUGCCAUCAUUGGAAAUGGCUGUCAUUAAUCUUGGGGAGUUUUCUGAGGAUCGGUGUUCCAGGAGCGCGUCAGGCUGUCUUGAUGACGAUCCAUGCUAUAACUGUCGUUUUCAUUUUGAGUUCAUUGCUCAACGCGGAGGUAGCCACUUCUUCCAGGGUUUGUCGCGGGCUAAACACUUGAAGGUGUUAGCUUACUAUGAUGAUGCGUUCAUUUUUCAAAGAGAUCUGAAGUGGCGCCCUACAUUCCCCAUGUUAAAGACUUUGAUACUCGACGACUGAUGUUUGCAUGCUGACCUCAGUUCUGUGAUUCAUUUUAUCCAACACUCGCCAAAUCUUGAGAAGGUUACUCUCAAGCUUCUUGAGGAAUUUGAUUCUUCAAUGGUGACAGAAGGAGAUAACAAUUUGUCGGAAGAAACAUUUUCAUCAGACCAUCUUAAAAUGGUAGAAAUCAAAUGUUUAAAGGUUGAUGGAAGAAUUGACAAAAUUCUGAAGAUCCUGAGUGCUUGUGGCAUAUCACUGGAGAAAAUCUACAUCCGACAGACCAAUACAAGUUCCGGAUCUGAAUGUUCUAAUUUUGUGUGCACGGGUUCCAGCUUCAACUAGAGGUUUCAGUUAUGCUUGUAAUGUUCUGAAGGAAACAGAGCUGCGGAGAUUUGUCUUUCUAUACUAAGGAAAUAGAGAAGAUUUGCACUGUUCAUGGAUUUAUGAUGAAUGCUGGCUGUCCUGUUUUGAAACCUCAACGAGUGAACUCUCCUCCUUUCCAAACGCACGUUGCAAUGUUAGGAGCUUCUGUUGUUGUUGCUUGCCUGUGAUGGUUUCCUGAUGAAUGUUGACUGUCUAGAAACACAUGUUGCUAUUUUAGGUCUUAUGAUGACUUGUGCACUAACUGCCAAAGAGAACUUAUCAUAGUAGGGAUGAAUGUUCUAACACUAUUUCCUUGUGGGGCUUGCUUGGCUGUGAAUGGAUCAUGGAACAUGCUUUGGA